CUCUCGGACCCUGUGGGAAGCACCUGCUGCUGCCACCGCCGCCUCCUUCGUCCGUUCUGGGGCAGGGCCGCAACCAGGUUUUCAGCAUCCUUAAAUAGACCUCCUUGGAGCUCCCUCAGCCAGUUCAAUGGCGUCCUCUACUACUGUGCCUCUAGGAUUUCACUAUGAAACAAAGUAUGUUGUUCUCAGCUACUUGGGACUUCUCUCUCAGGAGAAACAGCCAGGUCCCUCACCCCAAGGACUUCAACUAGAUGUGCCUCCGCAAUCGCUGGAUCCAGAAGUUUUAUUGAAAGUUAAGUCUGAGAUUGAAGAAGAACUGAAAUCCUUGGACAAAGAAGUCUCUGAAGCAUUCACCAGCACAGGCUUUGACUGUCACACCUCACCAGUGUUUAGCCCUGCUAACCCUGAAAGCUCAAUAGAAGACUGCUUGGCCCAUCUUGGAGAAAGAGUGUCACAGGAUCUGAAAGAGCCUUUGCAUAAAGCCUUGCAAAUGAUCCUCAGCCAGCCAGUGACGUAUCAGACAUACCGUGACUGUACAGUGGAGACUGCGGUUCACGCCAGCGGAUGGAAUAAGAUUUUGGUGCCUCUAGUUUUGCUACAACAGAUGCUUUUGGAAUUGACUCGCCGCGGUCAAGAGCCUUUGAGUGCGCUGCUGCAGUUCGGGGUGACCUAUCUGGAGGACCACGCGGCAGAGUUCAUCAUUCAGCAGGGUGGCUGGGGCGCUGUCUUCAGCCUUGAGUCUGAGGAGGAAGAACACCCUGGCGUCCUUGCAGAAGACAGCAAUGACAUUUAUAUACUGCCCAGUGACAACUCCGGACAAGUGAGUCCCCCCGAGUCUCCAACGGUGACGACGUCUUGGCAGUCUGAGAGCCUACCUGUCUCGCUGUCCGCUAGCCAGAGCUGGCACACAGAAAGCCUCCCGGUGUCCCUUGGGCCCGAGUCCUGGCAGCAGAUUGCAAUGGAUCCUGAGGAAGUGAAGAGCUUAGACAGCAGCGGGGCUGGGGAGAAGAGUGAGAACAACUCUUCUAACUCCGACAUCGUGCACGUGGAGAAGGAGGAGGUGCCGGAGGAGGCAUUCCCCGAGGCAGCUGCUCCCUCGUUCCCGCAGAUGACCUCCCAGGAAGCCGCAGAAAUGAGGAGAGUCGAGAAAGCCAGCCCCGCUUCCUCCGUGUUCGUGGAGUUGGGUGAGGAGGAGCUGGAGGCGGCAGCAGUGAGGCCUGCUGCCGCGGAGGGGGCGGAGCGGGCCGCCCGGCUGAGCGAGGAGGAGGCUGGCAGCAGGAAAAAGAGCCACGCCGAGGAGCCCACUGCUGCCGCGGGGGCUAAGGGUACCCUGGCCACAGAGGGCAAGGCUGUCCUGCUCUUUGGAGGGGCUGCUGCGGUGGCCAUCCUGGCAGUGGCAGUCGGAGUCGCACUGGCUCUGAGAAAGAAGUAACAGCUUUUCAGAUGAGACAGGAGACAGAAGGACCUACGGCUUUAGUUGUAUUCACUGGAACUUAGACUGCCAGCAGCUGACUGAACAUUUGCAGCACACUGGGGGAAUUGGGCUUUCUGCUCAGCGUGGCAAUGGCUUGAGUGUUCACACUGGCUGUCAUUCUAAGGGCUUUGGCUCAUGCUAGAUUCGGGAGGGCAAGAGUGAAGUUUCCAUCUACAGCAGGUUUGUCAACUUGGGCACCACUGACCUUUCAGCACUUCUCCGUAGGAGGCUGCCCUGUGCAUUAUGUAAUGAUUGGCAACAUCCCUGGCUUCUACCCACUAGAUGCCAGGGGCAUCCACUCCCAGUGAAGGUAGCCAAAAAUGUCUCCUACAUUGCCAAAUGUCCCUGUGGACAAAGUCAUCUCCCCGUUGCGGGCCACUGCUUUGAGGGAUAGGGUUCAGUGAGGAGGAUCUGGGGGAGGGACCUGCAGCGGGAACUGCCAGCUGUUCAUCCUGUUGCAGUGUCUCAGGGCAGGUGAGCUGUGCUCCCCAGCUGCUUUUUUCCGCUUCCCCAUUCUGUAGUGUGGGGUGCUCCCACAUCGCACCACCUCAGGUACUGCAGCGCAGCGGCUCGCCCUGGAUCUCCCACAGCCAGCAAGCCCCUGCAGCUCCCCAUGGCUCCAUCCUUCAAAGAUGCUGCCUGUAGGGACCUUUUAAAUGAUAAAUGCCCAGGCCAGGUGUGGUGGCACCCACUGUAAUCCCAGCAUUUAGGAAGUGAAGGCAAGGAGAUUAUCAUGAGUUCAAAGCUGGCCGGGUACACAUACUAAGUUUGAAGCCAGCCAGGACUUCAUGGUAAAACCAUGGCCCGAGAAGAGGGAUAAAUACACGGAGGCUGUAUAGGAGGGUUAGGGUUCCCUAGUCUGAUUGCCAGUGCAGGUUCAGGCUGCAGUCAUUGGUCUUCGGGGCAGGAAGGUGGUCUGUCUGACCUCUUACAAGUCCAGCCAGCCAGCCAGCCAGCCCACGUGCCUCUGACUUCGCAGUGACACCUCUGAUCGUAUGCGCACCCUGUAGACCCCUGCGUUAGUGUUUCUCAGUGCCUGUCCUCAGUCACUGGACAGCAGCUCCUCUGUGGGUUUCCUGCCGUGUAGGAAGCAGUGCCAUCCUUGGGCUUACACAAUCAGUUGGAUCAUAACCCUUAUUCAAUGUAAAUCAUUGAAAUAAAUGACAAAACUUUAUCAUUUAAUAUUGGGUAUCACCUACAUAAAAAGUGGGACAGAAACUUGAAUUUAAGACCAAGACCGCUGCUGAGGUUCUGGUUUGGUCUUCAGGGUCCGAGAGACUCUUGGCCUGAACUCAGCCCAGUGCCGGGGCAACAGACCAAGAGGACCCUCCCCAUGCUCCCACUGUAGCUAGUGGGGCUCCGCAGAUCUUCCGUCGCCUGGCUGACCCCAUCCCUCCAGGAGGGAUGGCACCUGAGGGCCACAGUGCCACCCCACAAGGCACACCUUGAUAAGAGGUCAUCUCAGAUUCGUCCUAGUCAUGUGACAUUACUUCUUAGAUCCUGAAAAUUUAUAAUAAAAAUACUUUUAACUACCCUCGUCAUCAAGA